UGUAACAAAUUGUCAUCUCUUGCCAGAUUUUCUUACUACGUCAGAUUUUAUAUGGACAAUAAAAAUAUUAAUAGAGAAUAAAAUAUAUUUGUAGUAAUAAAAUAAUUAUAAAAUAAAAACGAGCGAACGACGUUAACUAAUUAAUUACAUAAACGAAAACAUUUGUAAGAAAAAACUAAAUAAACUACGUGUCUUUGAGUGACAUCAGCCAACAAAGAAAAACAAUCAGCAGCAUCCCACAAUUACAACAACAGUUGUCGCAAGUCACAAUAAGACCUUAAUAAUGGAGGAAGUUGAAGUAGAGAUGUCUGGGGAUAUGAAUGUGCCCAAAACUGAGCCUAAAGCACAAUUUGAUUUUAGUUCCUUUACUAAGUUUCAAAAAAUUCCCACACCCAUGGAAUUGAUACAACUAACACGCCAAUGCAUCAGACCCUGGUCUGAGUUUUUGAAUACAAAUAACUUUAAAACAGCCGCUAGUAUGCCACGUUUGACUAGCCGUUUUGUUAGGAAUUUGGAUUAUUUUAAAAGCAAUUAUAUUUUUGUGUUCAUUGUCCUGAUGAUUUAUUGCCUCAUCACUUCUCCUUUAAUCCUGUUUGUCUUAGCCGGUGUGGCCUAUGCCAGUCAUAGGGUCAGAAAAGCUGAAACCCCCGUCAGUGUGUUUGGUCAUCAAUUGUCCACAGCUCAUCAAAUAAUGGCUCUUAAUGUGGCUUCUGUACCCAUACUCUUCCUUGUUGGGGCAGGUUCCGCAUUAUUUUGGACUUUGGGUGCUUCCUGUUUUGUUAUUUCCCUGCAUGCCAUCUUUUAUAACAUAGAUGCUAUUGUAACAGAAGAAACGGAGGGAUUCUUAUCGGAAAUUGUUUAAACAACUAAAUCUCAACUAAAUCUAUUAACCAAACGGGGGCCUUAUUUUCGAAACUGAAGCAGAUUAAUUUGUUUAUUUCACUUGAUUUUCUUUAUUUAGAAAUAACUUCACUGUUAUAUUUUAUAUAUUUAUGUAUAGAUGUUGUAUUGCUUUAAUUUAAAAGAUA